CCUGGAAUUUGUUUUUUGCACAGUAAAUUUUCAACGUUACGUAACAACCUCMGCACCUCUGAAAUUCUCUCCCACGUCGGAAGGAAAUACUGAAGUGACUGAUUGAAGUUUCGAAACUGUGAUCGAAAAACCAUCGGUCACCCUUCAUGAUCCAUCUCAUUCAUCGUCACCAUUACUUUGCGCCCAAUGCAAAACAACUCGCACAACCAGCUACCCGAGAAUCACGAAAAGUUGUCGCGAAUCCUGGCACCAUGAUUCCUACGACAUCAACUUCUAUCGAUACCGCAACCCAGUGGGCCGCGAUCGAUCCGAAUCCAACGACAUCCAAAUUCACCCGUGAUCUSAUUGCCGAAGCCUUAUCUGGAAGAGAAGGUAGCGUCGAUGCUUUGGAGUCUCUAUUCCCCUCCAACGGUGAAAGAAUCGGAUUUGGUACCGCUGGUCUUCGCUCCGAAAUGAAGCCCGGCCCAUUAGGAAUGAACGAUCUGACUGUUUGCCAAACAGCUCAGGGACUAGCGAAGUAUUGCCUAAAAMAAGGCCAACGCCAAGGAACUACAGCAUCAAAGGAGAAAUCAUCUUCACGACUGUGUGCAGUUGUUGGUUACGACCACAGAAGCAAUCCUUCCAUGAAUAUUUCUUCCCUAUCGUUUGCAAUCCUGACGGCAAUUGUCUUCGCCGAAGCCGGAAUUGACUGCAUUUUGCUCGACGGUUUUGUAUUCACACCUCUGGUGCCCUUCGCACUCCAGCAAUUMGGUGCGAUUUGUGGAAUCAUGAUAACAGCUUCUCACAAUCCGAAAAAAGACAAUGGCUACAAAGUUUAUGCAAGCGACGGCUGUCAGAUCCGYUCCCCGAUGGACAAAGACAUCGCCGACGAGAUACUUGGCAAUUUGCAACCAUGGACAGAUUAUGGAACUAUUAUUCAACAAAGGCGGCAAAGUUAUCCCGAGGACCCCUGUUUGGGGCUUGGUCAUCCGCAGAGAACAAAAGAAUUGAUAGAUGAUUAUUUUAUUGGAUUGGCAAGCAGUGGACUCAAGACUGGACAAGGUAGCAUCAAACAUGAUGCUCGAUCGUUAGUUCGCUCACCUGAGUUUGCCUAUACGGCUAUGCAUGGCAUUGGGCACCCCUUUGCAAAAAGAGCAUUUGAAGUCUUUGAUCUURRGCCUUUCCACGCGGUUCCGGAGCAAAUGAAACCCGAUCCCUCCUUCCCAACAGGUGCGUUCAAUAUUAUUCGUGGCAAUUGUCUAUGAAUUGGCUUUCCGAGUUCUAUKAUUUCUUUUCACUAACGGAUGCUUCGUUGAUCACGAUCACAAUAGUUCCUUUUCCAAAUCCGGAGGUAAGACGAAAAUGAUCGAUACAAAUGAAUAAAGAGAAAAUAUUUUAAUCACUUGGUUCUCGAUCUCAACGAAAUUCCAAACACUUCAUGCAUUUUUAAUCAUUGAAGGAAAAAGGGGCUUUGGAUUUGGCCAAAAAUUAUGCUUCAGAAAACGGGUGCGACAUCGUCCUUGCAAAUGAUCCUGAUGCAGAUCGAUUAGCGGUAGCGGARAAAGAUCGAGCAACUGGUGAGUGGACAGUUUUCUCGGGUGAUCAGAUCGGAGCCAUGCUUGGUUUAUGGUUAUGGGAAACAAUAGGAAUGAAAUCAAACAAGGUAUGAAAAUUGCACAGAGAAUUUAAGGUUUGAUUUUCUCCCUGUCGAUGAAUCUAUGGACGCCUCAUAGUUUUUCCCGUUUACAGCCUGUUGCGAUGUGUGCGUCGACAGUUUCCUCAAAAAUKUUAGCUGAAAUYGGGAGACGAGAGGGAUUUCAUGUCGAAGAAACCCUAACCGGAUUCAAGUGGAUAGGGAGCCGAGCGGCUUCUCUACAAGCCGAGGGAUAUCGCAAUAUUUUUUGCUACGAAGAAGCAAUUGGAUUUGCAUGGUAAGGGUGCUGUGGYUUUGUUCUUUUUAAUCUUCAAUUCGACUUCCGAAAAUCAUGAUUAUCAUACGUAUCUUAUCUUAAUCCUUUUGUAACAAUAUUGGAAUGAUAAUAUUAGCGGAGACACCAAUUUUGACAAGGAUGGUAAGAUUCGUAAACUAGUGAAAUUCYUUAGCUUGGAAGAGAUCGAAAUGAAUUUGAGUCUGAUUUUUAAUUCACAACUUGUUUUCAAUGAAACUUGUUUCCUUUCUUUCACACGCGUCUAUGAUUUUCACAACAAAAAUGAAUUCAAUAUUAGGCGUCUCUGCAAUGGUGGUAAUGAGUGAGUUGGCCUUGUAUCUGUACCKCGAACAAGGAAUUAGUUUGAAAGACCACAUGUUAAAUUUGUACGA